CUCACAUCCCUCUCAAACAAUUUCAGCUGCAGGUAUGAAUCUUUUCAAAGAGAUCCUGCCUAGAGUAAGGAAAAUCCUUUCCAGUGCUACACUUUCAGAUGCUCAUGCUUUGCUCAGCCUCAUGCUGAAGGAAGAUGUUAUAUCCAAGGAAUAUUACCAGACUUUACUCCAUGAAAAAGACAGAGAAGACCUAGCUAGGAAGAUCUCUCUCACCUUUGUGGAAAAAUGGGAUUUGUGUUUGAACACCUUGGUUCCUCUGUGUUAUUUAAAACUGUGCAAUAAUAAGCACCAAAGUACCACAGAUGGUGACUCAUCUCUAAACAGGGUCCUAGCUGGGAACAAAAGACAAACCAUGGAUUCUUCAAUUUUGACAGAAAAUAGCUUCCUUGAUUUGCUGCACAGUGACAUUGAUCCAGUGCACCUGUAUACCCUGUUAGAUGCCAAGUCAAUUGAAAAUGCGGAAAGUGAGGUCUUAACAGAUCCUGAAACUGACACCAUCAACCAUGAUCAGUUCAACAAUUUGGAUAUAUUUUAUACAAUGGAAAACAGUGAGAGUGGGGAAGAAUUAUAUAUCUGUUCAAACACAAGAGAAGCUUAUGCUAGAAUAGCUGGUUUAGCGGAAUAUGUGCUCAAAGAUCCACAGGAGAGGCAGAUGGAAGACACAUUUGCAGGAAACCUCAUUUUUGAUGAAAUGGCCACUGAAAGCACAGAGGGAUUUACAGAUGUCAAGAUGCAAAAAUGUCAUAAACGAACAUUCUUAGGCACUGCAGAAAAUCACUCUGAUACUUCGGAACCCAAAUGCAGGAAAACAGUGGAUUCCCCUGCUGUGUCUACAGUGAACAGUAGUUUCUUAUCCGUGACUUUGAGUGGUUCUCCAGUGAACUCCAGCUCCUUCUCUCUCCUACACAUACCAUUUUCUGUUACCACUAUAAGUCCAACAGGAAGAAGUUUUAUAGCUCCUGGUUCCAUACCAAACUGUCUCCCUGUUAGUGCUAAAGGGAUUCAAGUGAUUCCAGGUUUUCCAGCCCUUCCUCAGCAGAUAAUUAGUUUGCCUGUAAGAAACGGUGCCUCUGAUAUUAUCGUGUGUCCAGGGUCCUCCUUCCCCACUGAAACGUCACAGUUGGCAUCACCCAUUCUUCCAGUCAAUUUAUCUGGUGUAGAAAUUUCCAAGGGAUCACAAAUUCCUUUUGUUCCUUCCAAACAAACUCAGAAGAGACCAAAGCCAGUGGAAGCUUUCUGCAUGUCACUGAAGGAUUAUUUCUGUGAUGUGUGCAAGUUCAUGCCCAUGGAGCGUGAAGUAACUCUCGAUCAGCUCUACAUUGAAGGGGCUCUUUUGCAAGGUCAACAUGAAACAAAGGGUGGAAAGAAUAUCAUCAAGGGCAUAGAGAAAGAGCCAGUUAUAUAUGAUUUGGAAGAGAAGGAAAAAACGGCUUUAGAAAGAAACCAAAUAUUUCAAGUCCCAGGAGGAAAAGAACUGGAAACCAAAAUAAUUGUGUUACUGGGAAAAGCAGGAAUGGGCAAAAGUAUUCUUGUUCAAAAGAUCUGUCAAGAUUGGUCCAAUGGCAAGUUUUCUCAGUUUGAGUUUGUCUUUUUGUACGAAUGCAGAAGACUGAGCUUGCCUGAGAAGCGAUACAGCCUGAAGGAUUUGCUACUUGAAGUCUUUGUCAGACCUCAAGAGGGAAAAGAGGAAGUCUUCAAGUACAUAUUGCAAAAUCCCAGUAAAGUCCUCCUCAUUUUUGAUGGUUUUGAAGAACUGCAGGAUCAUGAUGGCUUUACACAUUUCCCAGACUGCCAAUCUUACAAGGAGCUGUACAGCAUGAGAGAGCUAUUUGCAGGGCUCUUCCAAAAGAAGAUACUCAGUGGUUGUACUUUAUUACUAACAGCUAGACCCAAAGACAAGUUGAAUCAGUACUUAUCCAAAGUGGACAAGAUAAUUGAAAUGGUAGGGUUCUCUCCACAACAGGUAGAAUUAUACAUAUCCAGAUACUUUGAAGGAUUACCGUACUGCAAUGAUGCAAUUAAAUUGAUCAAAGAUUGUCAGUAUCUAUUCAGCCAUUGUUAUAGCCCUGUCAUGUGUAGAUUCAUUUGUUUUCUCUGUGAGAUGGUGUUUGAAACGGGACACAAAGACUUGCCGUCAACACUGUCUACUCUCUUACUAAAAUUCUUUCAAGAAAAACUGACACCUGCACAAACAGAUGGGACAACCAUAAAAAAUCAACAGAACAUUGACAAGCUAGCUCAGGUAGCCUGGAGUCUUGGUGAACAUCAUCAAAAUGCUCUGAAGAGUGAUCUCUUUCCCUCAAAAGAAAUUAAAGAGUUUGCUCUGAAACAUGGCUUUGUACUACCAUUUACAUUCCCAAAGCAAUCAGGCAACAAGGAAGAAGAAUUUGGCAGUGUAUUCUCAAAUUUCAUUAUCCAAAAUUUUCUGGGUACACUUCAUCUGGUGCUUGCAGAAGAGAUCAAGGAUAAAAGCCUCACAAAGUAUUUUUCAUUCCCAUCCAGGAAGAAAAAGUCUCAUAAUUGGUUAGAUUUGAUGCCUCAGUUUUUGGCUGGAAUAUUAUUCCUGCAGGAUGACCCAUACCUCUGUUCCCUUUCAAAUAAAGAUGUAAAGAAAAUCAUAACCAAGAAACAAAAAACACUCUUAAAAUAUAUUAAAAGAGUACAGAUAAACAAUCUCUGUCCAGAAAGGCUACUUGAGCUUUUCCACUGUGUUUAUGAAACACAAGACCGCUAUCUUUUGCAGAAUAUAGCUUUAAGACUUGAACGAGAGCUGUCUUUUCUGGGCACUCCGCUCACCCCACCUGAUGUGUAUGUGCUACGUUCUAUUUUAAAAAGGUCAAAAAAGGAAUUUGCCCUGGAUCUGAGGAACAGUGCCAUUGAUCUACAGGGGAUGAAAGACCUGGUUGGCCUGAAGAACGUGACGUCAUUCAGAGCUUCCCUCACUGAUACGAUCAGGCUCUGGGAGUCAUUAGAGCAAACACAGGAAUAUGAGCUGCUGAAGAUUUCAAUACAAAAAUUUGCGAUUGAUCCAUUUAAGGCUAAAACAAUGAGGGAUAUCAGUGAUCUUUCUGGCUUUGUACACAUGCAAGAGAAAAUGAUCCAUUGCAUGCAAGAGACAUCUGGUUGCCAAAUUCAUGAAAUUCCUGCUAUCAAAAACCUUAAAAAAUUAGAAUUUGCGCUGGGUCCAGCAUGUGGUCCUCGGGGAUUCUUAAGGCUUGUUGAAAUUCUCGUGUCACUUCCAUCUCUUCAGCAGCUAGACUUGGAUGCUCUGAGUGAAAAUGGAAUAGGAGAUGAAGGCGUAAAAAGUCUCUCUCAAGUAUUUUCUCAGCUGACAUCAUUAGAAGUAUUGAAUUUAUCACAGAAUAAAAUAACAGAUUUGGGUGCAGAGAACCUAGCUACAGCUCUUCCUUCCUUAUCUUCGUUAAAGACACUUAGUUUGUAUAACAACAGUAUUUGUGAUGCCGGAGCAGAAAAUAUUGCAAAAGUACUUCCUGCAAUGGCAUCCUUAAGGGUGCUAGAUGUUCAGUAUAACAAGAUAACAGACGCUGGUGCCCAGAGACUGAGUGGCAGCCUGAGAAAAUGUCCCCACAUGAAGAGCCUGGCGAUGUGGAAUCCUACUAUUCCCUAUGGAGUUCUUGAGCACCUGCAGCAACUGGAUUCUAGAAUUAUUUUGUAGAUUCAGCCGAUCCUGUGAAGGUGACAUUAAGAAGAAGGGAAAAGAAAUAUCACUGACUUUUCUCAUCAUGUUUGCUGCUCUAUAAUUGAGGAAAAACCUCUUGCAGUUACGCUGCCUACUCCGAGCACUGCAGAAUUGACAUCUGAAAUCAGGAAAUGACAUGAUCCGAAUUCUCAGUCAAUCAGGUCUCAAAUGCUGUUCAAAGGACCCCAUUCUCUUCCCAUUGAAGAAUAGUGUAGUUGGGGGGUGGCAGACAUGGGGUGCAACUGGGACAGCAGCCCCAGGCAGCACCAUUGUGAGAAUAUGCAAUCAACAUGGCAGAAGCCCACACUGCCCCAAGGCAUGGAGCUGCCUUGUUGUGCCUCUGCACUGAAGUAGAUGAUGUGUAGGAUCAAGCCUCAAUGGUAAAAAAAUCUAGAUGCAAUGCAGGAUGCUUCCAUAAUACAAGAUCACACAUACCAUAUUUUCUGGUAUAUAAGAUAAUUUUUUUUCCCAAAAUGAAAGUCUAAAUUUAAGUAGUAUCUUACACAACAAAGUACAUAACAAAAAAGUAUAGAAAUCAUUCUGAUAAAAUGUAGCCAACAUUCAAUUACAUUUAUGUUUACAUUUUUCCCACCAGCUUUUCUCUUCUUUGGGGAUUUGUUAUACACAGGGGGGUGUUAUACACUGGAAAAUAUGGUAACUAUACUUCCCACGUGGGACCAGGACUUUAACUUGUGGUCACUGUAGCAUCUCAGCAAGCACAUGCUAAUCAAAGUAGAUCUUUUCUAUGGUGCCUACUGGAUAUGUAACAAAACUUAGAUUAGCAAAUUCUAGUGCUACAGUUUUUCACAUGCACAUUUCCACUGAUUUCUAAGCACUGUACUAGGGAGCAUUAACAAGAUAGAUUGGCCUAAAGAUGAGAGCUGUUUGAUUCUGCACUAUUAAAACUGCAGCCUAUUUACACAACUGUGAAGCUAGAUGUCAAUAUUACACUAAUGUCAUAAGCUAUGAAUUGUUUUGGUUGUAUUCUUUCAAGCAGAUCUGUUAAUCAGCUACAGGCAAAGUGGGUUCCUUUAAAUAAAGUGACAGAAAAGAAAGAAGUGCAGAGAACAAUAGAAUUAAAAACAGAAAACUUGAAUGAUUUUUAAUAGUAAGACCAUUACACAUACCCACAUACAAGAUGUUACUCAAAAGUCCUGAAAAACAAAAGGUGAAAUUAAGCAAUCAUACUUUUAACUUGUCUUAUGUGAAAUCAGAAAGUUGGCUUUUUAUAAAAUGAAAAAAUUAAAUAAACGUUUGAGCUUAUUGUGGAGGAUACCCCAAAUCAUCAGCAAAUGUACACAUAUCAGAGUACAAAUCAUAUACCUGGGCCUGGAUUUAGAGUUAUAUGAUUCUCAUGUACAAUUGACAAUAUGAAAGUGCAAAAAACUAUUCAACAAAUACAAUUUUAACAAGAAAUCAUUCCCUUUUAUGGCAUUUAUAGCCUUUUUUACAGUCUCAAAAAUAAGGCAUUAUGGACAAAUUAUUUUCAAUGUAUCAGCACACAUAUUGACUACUAGCUUAUAUACGCUGUGGUCCAAAUCCAGGCUCACUGAUUUUAUUGGCAAAACUUUGAUUUCCAAAAUAUUUCAGCUUCAGAAUAGUUUCAGGUGGGUUCUGUGAUUUAUCAGAGACAAAGUCUCAGGACAAAUAUUCUGGUUUCGUGUGGAAAGGGGCCUGGAGAUGAGGAAAUGAGAUGGGAGGGAAAAUCUGAGAGAACGCUUGUCAUUGCUUCAAAAAUGGGAAGACUAACUUUUUGUACUGCAUUAAGUUGGCCAAGGCAGCUGCUCACAUGUUCAGAUACUUGAAAAAUUCCCCUUGGUAAAAGAAAUCCUGAGUUUUACAUUAUGCUGCUUGGAGAGUCUCAACCAGCAUCCCUAGCUAUAGAAGCUUUGGCUGAAUUCAGGUACUCCUAGCUGCUGGAACAGCCUCUUGAAGUUAGUCAGUCAGGUUCAGACUGCUCUAAUUUAGGCUGAUGAGAAAACUGUUCCUUUACAGACCCCAAUUCUAGGGAUGACUGAAUAGGUGCACAUUUAGACACCUGACCCAAUAUGUUUCAUUGAAGUAAUUAUCUCAGAUUGUACCAUAUUGGCCAUUUAAUAUGUACAUGUCUACAGCCCUUGGGCAUCUGAUACUUAGGGAGACAGGCACGUUCUGAGGAGCGGUUGCAGAACUCUGAAGCUGAGGUCUCCCUCUGUAAACUACAUAUUUUUCAGAGAACUUUUUUAAACACUUGCAUGUUUUUGUUAGUGUUUGCAAAGCAGUCCAUCUUGAGAUGGACAUGCAUGCUCCUUCCAUCUGAUUAUACCUUUCUUCUGACAUCUCAGAAUCUCUUUGGAAGGGAAAGAGGGGCCCAAAAAAAGGCAAAAUAAAAAUAAAAGAGGGUUGAAACUAUUGUUCACAAAGACAGAGAGAGAGAGAGAGAAGAGAGAGAACCAGAUAAACUAGAGGAAAGAUGGAAAGAGACUAAGUAGAAAAAGUUAGGGAUAGUAUUUGAGGAAAGAACCUUAUUUCCUCACUUUGUAUCUGGCUUUGUAAAUCCUGGCUAGAACAAUGAAAAAAUUCUCUUAAAGGCUGUAAGCAGACAAGGUUCCUUUGGUGAAUUUGAUAUCUUUUAUUAGACCAACCCAAAUGGUUGGAGAAUAGUUAUUAAGCAAGCUUUUGGGUUCAAAAACCCUUUGUCAGGCUAAGGAAGCUUCAGCAGUUGGUGUGUGCUCUUCCUGGAUGGAAUGAAAAGUUAAAGACUGUUACACUUAACCCAUUUGUCCAGAUAAAAGAGGGAUCAUUUGGCUAACUUGGAAUUCCUAUGAACAUUCCUAGCCUUAGAAGUUGUCUUAAGCUGUGGGAAAGGAAGAUAUAGCCUUCUUCUGGGCUAUAUUCUGCAGCUGCUCCUCACAAGCAGUGCAUUAUUAAAGGGCAGAACAGAUUUUACUAAACUUUAGCCAUAAAACUGGAUAUUAAAAGUGGUUCUUACCUGGACAAUAUAAAAGGGCUUUAAACACUCAUUUAAAAAGUAUAAAUUGUCUUCAUGUUUGUAAAAAGAAUGUACAGUUUGUGUAUACUCAGAUGCAAUAUUUUUGUGUAUUUUUGUAAACAUUUUUUUAAAACAACUGAAUAAAAGAAACAUUUUACAAUAA